GGCCCCCCGCCCCACCUGCUGCCGCCGGGGGCGAGGGGGAAGCGGCAGCAAGCCCCGCCCGUGACGGCGUGGCCAGCCUGGGUGCGUCCACCGCCCCGGCUCAGAGCUAGGACGCGUCGCUGCAGGUCGGGCUCCUGGGCUGCUGGCCGAGCCUGGACUCGGGUCCCUACCAGCGCCACGGGUCCGGCUGCUCCGCCGCAUCCCCAACCGAGACUCGCGGACCGGGACCGCGCCUCCGCAGCCACGUGAGCCAUGAAGACGCACUUCUGCAUCCCGGUGUCCCAGCAGCAGCCGGAGGCGCUGGGGGGCCGCUACACGCUCUACUCCGUGUACCUGGACGGGUUCCUCUUCUGCAGGGUGCGCUACAGCCAGCUGCACCGCUGGAACGAACAGCUGAGACGGGUCUUUGGAAAUAGCCUGCCUCCCUUUCCACCGAAGUACUAUCUUGCAAUGACCACAUCUAUGGCCAAUGAGAGAAGGGACCAGUUGGAGCAGUAUUUGCAAAAUGUAACCGUGGACCCGGACGUGCUGAGAAGUGACGUCUUCAUUGACUUUUUAAAACUGGUACAGCUGGACACGUUUAGCGUCACCACCAAGAAAGUCUCUCUGGACAUAUUUCUGCCCGACGGAAGAGGCAUUCGCAUCGAAAUCCUAACGUCAGACACCGCUGAAAGAGUCCUAGAGGUGGUGUCACACAAACUUGGACUGUGUCCGGAGCUCUUGGGCUACUUCGGCCUCUUUCUCAUUCGGUUUCCCAAGGAGGGCAAGCUCUCUGUCAUGAAAAAAUUAGCGGACUUCGAACUCCCUCACGUGAGUCUUCUAAGUUCAGAGGUGGAAGACUGCAAGGUCGGACUCAGGAAGUGGGCUGCCCGUGAGCCGUGCGGUGGGAACCGACUUAACACUCCUGGGUCCUGCAGGUACAUGGACCCCGCCCUCGACUCCGUGCUGAUGGACUGCAGAGCUGCUGUGAACCUGAUCUACAUGCAGGCAAUCCAGGACAUUCAGAAAGAGUGGGCCAAGCCCACACAGGCACAGAGGCAGAAAUUAGAGGCUCUCCAGAAAGAAGACAACCAAACGAAGUUUCUGGAGCUGUCCCGGGAGGUGCAGCACUACGGGUACGUGCAGCUGGAUCCCUGUGUCUGUGACUACCCGCAGCCCGGCUGUGCGGCUGUUCUUUCCGUUGGCAACCAUGAGAUCAGCUGCCGCGUCACCCUGCCCGAUGACCGGACCCAGGACAUCACCUUCCAGAUGAGCAGAGUAAAGUGCUGGCAGGUCACUUUCCUUGGGACUCUGCUGCAUAUGGAUGGGCCCCAGCGAACUCUCAACCAGAACUUGGAGCUCAGGUUUCAGUACAGCGAGGGUAGUCGGUGGCAGUGGUUUGUUAUUUACACCAAACAGGCUUUUUUGCUGAGCAGCUGCUUGAAAAAAAUGAUCUUGGAAAAGAUGGCAAAGCUAGCUGCAGAGAAUCCAGAGAUGCAGAUUGAAGUUCCGGAACCAGGCAGAAGUAAGAAAUACAACAUUCAACAAAGCCAGAAAGACUAUUCCAGUUUUCUACCAAGAAUAAACAAGAUUAAGAUAGCUGAACUUGACUGUGUUUUGGGGCCCAUAAAGGAAGAAGGCCUUUGAAGAGAGAGUCCCACUUUUUCAAAUGCCCUCUAAGGCUGUCCAGAAAGUGCUUAAUGGUUAAAAGUGAGCUUCCUACCUUCAGUGAAAGAAAUUUGACUCCUUCCUAUUGUAUGACGUUAAGAUGGACCCUAUUCAACAAGACUACUUCAGAACUGUGUUAAACUCAAGAUGAAAAAGAAACACGAGCCAAAGCUGUACAGUUGGUUUUUGCCUCAGCAGUGACCAGUGGCCAAUCCAAAUCAAUUAGUAUGAAGCCUGCUCUCCAACCACCGGCCCCCUCCACCCGUGGAUGUUGACCUAUCUCCCCGAUGUCUCUUAUGGGUUCCAGAGACAUGACCCAGCAGCUGGGGAGAAUGUGGCUCCAAGAAAUGGAGUCGUAGAAAACGAAAUCUGGUUUUCUCCAAUGUGUCCACAGCACCAGGGCAAGGAGGGGAUGAAAUACUGAUUUGUUUCCUUAUGUAAUUCUGAGCCUACCAAUACAGAUGUACUUCGAGUAACAGGCUUCCCA